UUGUAUUCUUACAGAUAUAAAGAUGCCUGGAAAUUUUCAGCCAGCCCGGCUUGAUGUCGAUCCUUCGAUUUUAGAUUCUAAACUGUCGUUUGUUACUGAUGACAAUGAAAUGGAAUCCAUGUUUAAACAAAUCUCUACCUCCUCUAAACCGAAGAUCUCCAGUUUGAUACCAGAGGAAGAAUAUCCAAGCUCAAUAGCUUACCCUAAACCUGGUUUGUGCAUGAAGACUAGAAAUGCUGAUGGUAAGAAGUUUUUCAUUAAUCUGUGUGUGCUACAGGAGAUCCCACCCCCUACUCCUAUAUCAGAGCAGGAGUUGGAAAGGGUUAUAGCAGAUGAGGAUUAUUCAACACUGUGGAGGGUUCCUAUGUCUAUUGGAGCACCAAGGGAAAUUAAAGAUAAAUCUGGCGUGGAAUGUUUAGCGGCCGAUGUCGCUAUAAACUCCACCUGGUUUCAGGAAACCCUUGUUCCAAGUCUUAUCUUCACAACCUUUGUUCUCACAGUUGCGAUGGAGGGGUUGUGCGAUAAGCAUGGAGAGACAGCAAGAUUGGAACGAGAUGGAUGGACCAUUCUGAAGAAUAAGAAAUAUAUGGGAUCUGAAGUUCCUCCACACAGAAUACAGAAGCGUGCUAGUGCAGGCAUUUCAGAUUUAAAUACCAAGACUGAAGUUGCAGCCACAAAAGAAGUUGAAGAAGUGAAAAGAGUUUCUGUAACUAAGACUCAAGUACCUCAGUAUAAAAUAGAGAAGAACAGUAUAGAGAACCCUGAAGAGUUGACCGCAACAGUGUUUCUUCCUGGGAUUAAACAUAUCCGGCAUAUCAGUUUAGAUAUAGGGGAGGACAGAUUGAUUUUGGAAGUUCGUCAAUCCAACAUUCUUCUGGAUAUAUUUCUUCCCUAUAAUCUGAACCCUGAUGCUUCAACAGCAGUAUUUAAUCCAUCUUCGUCAUUACUCAUUCUGUCGUUACCUAUUCUCAUUUAAUUUGUUGUCACUUGAAAGUAUUUUUUGAUUUGAAAUCUUUCACAGACAAGUCUUUUACUCUUUUUUGAGUUGUGCUAAAAAAAUAGAUUUUUUUA